UCCCCCAAUUAAGCUUUUCCUCUCUCUCUCUCUGCUCUCUACUCUCUCAUUCUAUCCUCCUUCUUUCUCAGACCAAAUUUCUAGAGAGACAAGAAAAGAUAUAGAGCUGGAGAGAUUGAGAGUAAGAGCUCUCUCUCCCCUCUGCAUUUCGUUUUAAUUUUUUCAAUUUUUAGGGAGAAAUAGUACAGUGUAAUGUGGAGUGAGACUGAGAAAGAGUGAGAGAGAGAGAGAGAGAGAGCUGUGUGGUAGAAAACCCUAAAUUGGAAGACGGUAGCUGUACGACGUCGUUUCAUUCUGCUCCGAGGUUUGAUUGGAAGAUUUUGCAAUGCGAUGAUAUAUAAUUGUUGGAGAUGGAGAGGGGUCCAGAGUCGAAAGCAUGUCCUGUAAAGUUUCCCAUGGUAGGUGAGGUCUCAUUCACUCGUACAACUUCAACAAGAGCAGGAGGUCACUUGUCAAAUUCGCGCAACGGUUUGGGAAGAGAAGAUGUCGCAUCAGUUAGGGGUCAGUUACCCAACGGGCGGUUGGCUUUUGUGAGGGAAGAAAUUGCAUCAAAUUUGCAGUCUAUUUUGUUUAAAGAUGGAAAAUCUGAUUUGCGAGAAUCUCAAGAUUCAGACUCACCUAUGCCUUUAAGGAUACGGAAAGGAAAGGCCUCUUUCCCAGAAGAGGAAUCAUUUAUGCCUGAGGUUGUUGCAUUCAAGGAAGAUGGAGAUUCAUUUGAUGAAGGCGGUCCUAGUUCUUUCUCCGGGGCUAGUCACCCUCCAGAACCUGUUGAUAUGGAUUUAAUGAAAACAGUUUACAUACCAGUUAGUCAGAAUCACACUGAACCCGUGUGUUUGAUGAAGAGCAUAUCCAUAAAAGGCCCUUUCCUUGAAGAUCUUUCACUCCAUGUUCCUCCAAAGAAACCAGUCCCAACUGCUCAUUCUCCUGCAGAAAGCCUUCUAGAAGAACCCAAUGAUGUAGAUGCAUUGUCUCCACAAUUUGUGGUUCAUCGGGCAUCACAAAAUACAGAUAAUUCACUCCUUCCUCCAGAUUCUGAAGAGAGGGAGUGCGUUUGGGAUGCUUCUUUGCCUCCUAGUGGCAAUGUCAGUCCGUUAAGUAGUAUUGACAGUACUUGUGUUGUCACUGCUAUGAGCAUUGCCAAUAGCUGUGCCAAUACUUAUAGAAGUGACACGGUCACAAGUGAUGGUAUGCUCAGUGUUGGGAGGACCUUUGAAUGUACUAAAGGAAGUAUUAAGGGAGAGUCUCUAGAGAGUGCAAAAACGAGUGUCAGCCGGGCGAGUGAUAGUAGUGGGCUUAGUGAUGACAGUAAUUGGAGCAACAUUACUGGGAGUGCCAACAAGCCCCACAAAGGAAAUGAUCCUAGGUGGAAAGCUAUUCUUGCUAUUCGAGCUAGGGAUGGGAUAUUGGGUAUGAGUCAUUUUAAAUUACUUAAACGCCUUGGUUGUGGUGAUAUUGGCAGUGUAUAUCUUUCAGAACUUAGUGGAACCCGUUGUUAUUUUGCAAUGAAAGUAAUGGACAAGGCAUCCCUUGCAAGCAGGAAGAAGUUAACUAGAGCUCAGACAGAGAGGGAGAUAUUGCAACUCCUGGAUCAUCCAUUUCUUCCAACGUUAUAUACACAUUUCGAGACAGACAGAUUCUCGUGUUUGGUCAUGGAAUAUUGUCCAGGUGGAGAUUUGCACACUCUGAGGCAACGACAACCCGGAAAACAUUUCUCGGAGUAUGCGUCAAGAUUCUAUGCUGCGGAGGUUCUGUUGGCACUAGAGUAUCUACACAUGCUUGGAGUUGUCUACAGGGACCUAAAACCUGAAAAUGUGCUUGUCCGUGAUGAUGGUCAUAUAAUGCUGUCAGACUUUGACCUUUCCCUGAGAUGUAGUGUUUCACCAACUCUAAUUCGAACAUUCGAUUCUGAUCCUUCAAAACGAGCAGCUGGGGGUGCAUUCUGUGUCCAGCCGGCAUGUAUUGAGCCUUCAUCAGCAUGCAUUCAGCCUGCUUGUUUCAUACCCAGGCUCUUCCCUAAGAAAAGCAAGAAGACCGGGAAACCUAAAGCUGAUCCUGGAUUUAUGAGUAAUACACUUCCAGAGCUCAUGGCUGAGCCUACUCAAGCUCGGUCUAUGUCCUUUGUCGGAACCCAUGAAUACCUAGCUCCUGAAAUCAUUAAGGGAGAAGGCCAUGGUAGUGCGGUUGAUUGGUGGACAUUUGGUAUAUUCCUGCAUGAAUUACUGUAUGGUAAAACCCCUUUCAAAGGCUCAGGAAAUCGGGCUACCUUGUUUAAUGUGGUGGGGCAGCAACUUAAAUUCCCUGAGGCACCAUCAACUAGUUAUGCCGGCCGUGAUCUAAUCAGGGGAUUGCUUGUGAAGGAGCCACAACACCGGCUUGGGGUGAAAAGGGGUGCAACUGAGAUCAAACAGCAUCCCUUCUUUGAAGGCGUCAACUGGGCUCUUAUUCGAUGCAGCACUCCGCCAGAAGUACCAAGACCAAUGGAACCUGAGCUGCCAGGGAAAUUUGGGGCUGUUGAUCCUAUUAGUGUUGGAAGCAACAGCAAGAGGAUUGUAGGGGCAGACGUGAAGUCUGGGGGUAAAUAUCUAGACUUUGAGUUCUUUUAGUUUGGAUCACAGGAUUCAUCAUGUACUGUCUUGUGUUAAGUUCACCAUGUACCCCAUCAUCGUUCAACUCUAACAGAGUAUGAUUGCCAAUGAACUUGAGCUUUACCUACGUCAAUUAAAUUAAAUUAAAUCC